AUGAUGACCCAAUCUUCAAUCAUCAAUUCAUUCAAUUUCGACAAGUAUCAUAUUCCAAACCAAUAUGUUCAAUGGUAUGAAUUGGAACCAACUUUCGGAGUUUAUCCAACUCCAAAUCCAAGUCCACCAUCUUCUGGAAAAUGGAGUUUUUUGUCGGAAAAUGAACAACUUCAACAAGAUGGAGAUCAGAAGAAGAAAAAGAUACGAUCAACAUCUGCAUACGCUUUGUUUUUCCGUGAGAAACAAGGAACGGAGAAACGGGCGGCUCCAUACGCAAGUUUCGGUCAAAUCUCUCAAAGCAUUGCUCGUCAAUGGGAGGCGUUGAGUGACGUGGAGAAGAAGAUGUACAAACAGCGUUGCGAAAAGAACCGAAAGAACAGUAUCGCCAGUGCCGUCGAAGAGAAAGCUCGUCAACUCAUGAUGACAACAUCCAAACAACAUUGA